AUGACGGACCCCAACAAGAUGAUCAUCAACUUGGCCCUUUUUGGCAUGACUCAGAGUGGAAAAAGUUCUGCUGGGAACAUUAUUCUGGGAAGCAAUGACUUCCACAGCAACUUUUCUCCAUGUUCUGUAACAAAAGAUUGUUGCCUGGCCCGCAGUUAUCACCUUCACAACUUCAUGCGCAGAGGGGGUCAAGAAAUAACCCUGCAGGUCCGGGUGUUAGACACCCCAGGCUAUCCACACAGCAGCCUGAGCAACAAGCAUGUGAAAGAGAAGGUCAAAGAGGCCCUGAUACAUCAUUUCGGAAAAGAUGGUCUCCACCUGGCUCUGCUGAUACAGAGAGCAGACAUGCCUCUCUGUGGACAGGAAGCAUCCCCCCACGUCCAGAUGAUUCAGGAACUUCUGGGACAUGCUUGGAAGAAUUAUACUGCCAUUCUUUUCACCCAUGCAGAAAAAAUAGAAAAAGCUGGACUCAGUGAAGAAGAAUAUAUCCAAGAGGCCCCUGACACACUGUUAACCUUACUAAAUUCUAUUCGUCACAGAUGUAUUUUCCAGUAUAGCAGUGGAAACUCAUUUAAUGAACAAAGGAUACCAAUCUUAAAAAGAAUCUUAGAAUUUAUCAAAGAAAAUUCCUAUCAAGUGCUUACCUUUAAAUAA